UGAACGUUGUUGUAAUCACUCACAACAAAAAGUACAUAGGCCGGCACUCCUAUGCAAACAAACAAUGCUCAAUUUAUUAUUGCUCUCAUAUUCACCAUUGCUUUAUUUACCUAAUGAUUUGAAUAAGUAAACAAAAACAAAAAUAUUAUAUCUUCUUAUUCGCAGACUCAGCAGAGUCAAUAUGGAAAACGCAACGAAUUUACUUCUUCUUUUCAUAUGUUUCUAUGGAACACUUGUUUCUGCUUACACAAAGUACAACACUGGAGCUACUGUUGUUGAAGGAAAACUGAAUGUUCACUUGGUUCCACAUUCCCAUGACGAUGUUGGUUGGCUUAAGACCGUUGAUCAGUACUAUGUUGGCUCCAACAAUUCAAUUCAGGGAGCAUGUGUUGAAAAUGUGUUGGACUCACUGGUUUGUUCUCUUCAAAAGGAUCAUAAUAGAAAGUUUGUGUUUGCUGAGAUGGCGUUUUUCCAUCGAUGGUGGAUAGAACAAAGUCCAGAAACACAAGAACAAGUGAAGAAGCUUGUGGCCACCGGUCAGUUAGAAUUCGUAAAUGGUGGUUGGUGUAUGCAUGAUGAAGCGGCAGUCCACUACAUAGACAUGAUAGACCAAACAACUUUAGGACAUCGUUUUAUAAAGGACCAAUUUAAUGCAACCCCUAGAGCUGGUUGGCAGAUUGAUCCUUUUGGGCACUCUGCUGUUCAAGGUUAUCUACUUGGUGCUGAGCUUGGGUUUGAUUCUGUACACUUUGCAAGAAUUGAUUAUGGAGAUCGAGCUAAGCGCAAAAAUGACAAAUCUCUCGAAGUUAUUUGGCGUGCCUCUAAAACAUUUGGUUCUUCAUCUCAAAUUUUUGCCAACACUUUUCCAGUUCAUUACAGUGCUCCAAAGGGUUUCAACUUUGAAAUUGGAUCCUCGGAUCAAUUUGUUCCAUUACAGGAUGAUCCUCUUUUAUUUGAUGCUAAUAUUGAACAGCGUGUUCAAGAUUUUAUCGAUGCUGCUAUUAUCCAAGUAGGCCAAUUCUAUCCAUGA